AUGAUAACAAAUUUAUUCUCUGUUUUUGACCCUUCAUCAAGUAUUUUUAAUCUUUCAUUAAAUUGAUUAAGAACUUUUUUAGGAAUUUUAAUGAUUCCAUCAAUAUACUGACUUAUACCAUCUCGAUACCACAUUUUUUGAAAUAAUAUUUUAUUAACACUUCAUAAGGAAUUUAAAACUUUACUUGGUCCUAUAGGAGCAAACGGUUCUACAUUUAUUUUCGUUUCAUUAUUUUCUAUAAUUUUAUUUAAUAAUUUUAUAGGAUUAUUUCCAUAUAUUUUUACAAGAACAAGUCAUUUAACUUUAACUCUAACUUUAGCUCUUCCUUUAUGAUUAUGUUUUAUAUUAUAUGGAUGAAUUAAUAAUACUCAACAUAUAUUUGCUCAUUUAGUUCCUCAAGGAACUCCAGCUAUUUUAAUACCCUUUAUAGUAUGCAUUGAAACUAUUAGUAAUGUAAUUCGACCAGGAACUUUAGCUGUUCGAUUAACAGCUAAUAUAAUUGCUGGACAUCUACUUCUUACUCUUUUAGGAAAUACAGGACCUUCUUUAUCUAUAAUAUUAAUUAGUUUUUUAAUUAUUACACAAAUUGCACUAUUAGUUUUAGAAUCAGCAGUUGCAAUAAUUCAAUCAUACGUAUUUGCUGUUCUAAGAACAUUAUAUUCUAGAGAAGUUAAUUAA